CGCAGGCGGAGGACCGCCGAGCUGCAGCCGAACGGAGAAGCUGGCACAAGCCGCCGAGCGCGCAGGGAGAGCCGCAAACAGACUGCGAGGAGCGCAGAGGGAGCGUCAGAACUUCAGUGCACACGAGGCCAGAGAGCUAAAAUGGGAGGCAAGCUCAGCAAAAAGAAGAAGGGAUACAAUGUAAACGACGAUAAGUCCAAAGACAAGGACGCCAAGGCUGAGGGGGCCUCUGGUGAGGAGAGCGAAGCGCCGAAAGACAAGAAAGAGGAUGGCCCCGCAGCUGGCGAUGCUAAAGAGGUAGCAAACGACACGGCUGCCAAGGAGACACCGGCCGCGGAUGGUGCAGCACCGAAGGAGGAAGAAAAGAACGCCGCUCCCGCCACAAAGGAGUCAGACAAACCUGCUGCCAACGCCGAGCCCAAAACAGAGGCGCCCAAAAGCAGCGAGGCCGCCAAGGCUGACGAGAAACCAGCUGCCCCCGCUCCGGCCAAAGAGUCGGCUCCGGCCGCCGCGGAGCCGGAGGCCAAGAGCGCGGCACCUGCAGCCGAGAGCAAAGGGGAGGCUGAUGCCAAAAAGACUGAGGCCCCCGCUGCACCGGCAGCCAAGGCCGAGGCGGCAUCAGCGGCCUCCCCUGACCCUAAGCCCACGGACGCGGCGGCCGCUGCGGCACCUAAAGAGGCCGCCGCUGCACCUAGUUCAACGCCGGCCGCCGAGCCUCCCGCCAAGGAGGCGAACGCCACAGAGGCGCCAAGCAAGGAUCAAACCGUAGCAGUUCAAGAUUAAUGGACAGCUUCUUUUCCAAAAAUGAAGAAACAAAUUGCUUAACUCCACGAUGACAAAGAUUUAAGGAAAAUGAAAUUACUAGCCCGCCCAUAUUAUUAUGAUAACAAUAAUAAUAAUAAUUGUAAUGAUGAUAAUGAGGAAUUUGUUGAAUAAGGAGGACUAGAGACGUUUUCCCACCAAUGCGUAUGAUUAUUGCUAUUAUUAUUGUUAUGUUUUAAUCUAUUUUUUCUGCUGUAGUAUUUGAACUUUGAUACGAGUCUGUGUCGGCUAUACGCCUUUGCCACUUCACCUUCAUCUUCCCAUUCACUCAUAGCGUCCAGAUUCCCCUUUCAGCCCACAGAAGGCCUGCAUUCAUGCACACACCUGUACCCUCUGCUCGCCGCAUGUCUUUAGGAAACCAUUCUGAUCAGGCAAAUUUGAGCGAGAGGCUAAAAAGUCCUUUUACCAAGUGGCUUUCCAUCACAUCUGUCCAAUCUUUAGACCCAGAACGUCCAGUUUUCCCCAUGCAGUGGAGCUUUAACUGUGUUUUUCCUUGGAGGACUGAGAAUGCUGAAGCUUUCAGAGGCAUUUCAAAGGUUGAAAAUCGCUGACUUUGCAAAUAACUGUAGGAUUUUUUUCACAUAAACUUCCACAUUUUGUACUGAAACCCUUAGGUAUAUUGUAAGGAAACUAAGUGGUUUUUUAGCAUUUGUAAUACCUGAAACAUUUGCAAAGCUCUGUCGAAAAAAAAUACCUUUGCAAUGUUCUGGUGAAGUCUGCAGCAGUUCUCAGGUCUUUUAGUAAAAUAAACAUUGGCAGAUAUAAAGCAGACAUAUCUUAUGAUGACCCGGGUGGAACACAGGCUGCAGGAUCUCUGAGAUUGUUUGACCUUGCUUGUAAUGCUGAGACGGUGAUGUUUACCACGCUUUGAGGCCACUUUGAUAGCGCAUAUUGAGUUGUGUCUUUCUAAAGACAGCAGACUAAACUGGCACUCAAACAUCCUGUGAUUCUUUCCCCUGUGAUCUAUUAAACAAAAAGUGGACCGGCUGUAAUAUGCUGUCAGGUUUUACACUUUGGCCACCAAUACUUUACGUUUUGGCAACUGAAACAUAAUUGUUGCCAAUCAAUCUUUAGAUUUAAAUCAUAACAGCCAAUAAAACGUUGUGUCCUUAAGAGUUAAUGAACAUUUUAUUCGUGUUCAAUAGAAGACAAUAUUUAGCAGACCAUUGGAUGUAUCAAACACAGAAACAGCCGUGUUUGAUACAUCCAGUGUUCCUACCAGCAGCACAUAAAGCAGGGUUGACAGUACAUGCACCCGUACAAAAUAUGGCAAGACAUUUGUGCAUAAACUAAAAAACAAGUGGGCCAAGAGAAUAAUUUCUUGUCACCUACAAUAACGAAUUUCUCACAUUUUACAAGACAUCAGUCAAACUACUUUAAACUUAAAU